AUGUCGGAGACCCUGCGCAUACACGUCUCACCUAUGCCUCUGUAUAGAUACCCAUCCGUUGACUAUAAGUUAGGCGAUACGGGUAUUACUUUGAAGGCCGGGCAACAGAUGGAGAUCCCCUUCUGCGCCAUACACAUGUCCGAUGAGAAUUAUCCGGAUGCUUUUAAGUAUGAGCCCGAUAGAUUUAUGCCCGAGAAUAAGCACCUCAUUAAGCCCUACACAUACCUGCCCUUUGGGAGCGGCCCUCGUAAUUGCGUUGUACAGUUUUUCAGGCCUCCCAAAACGGACGUCCCGUUGCAAUAUCAACGAUCUGUUAAAAUGGUGAUCCCGAAGCACUGUAUUGAUGUGAAUACAACAUCGGGUGUAGUUAGGGGUCAGACACUCGUCGCUCAAAAUAAAAGUAUUGACCAGUUUUUAAACAUACCAUACGCUGAGCCACCCGUCGGAGGCCUAAGGUUUGCAAAACCACUGCCAUUACAAACGCCUAUAAAAGAUAUAAUAGACGGUACAAAACCGGGAAACUCAUGUAUACAACCGGGCACCGGUAGUAAUCUGACCACAAGUGAGGACUGUUUGGUACUAAACGUAUGGACACCUAAUGUGGGAAACAAUGAUGAGUCACCGGAAGCACCGGCACUUAAACCAGUCAUGUUUUGGAUUCAUGGCGGGGGACUGACUACUGGAUCCAUAUUUCUAAUGCCUCCUUAUAAUGGCAUAGAUUUGGCCGCAUAUGAUGUGGUGGUUGUGUCCACUAAUUACAGAUUAGGAGCGUUUGGGUUCCUGUUUGGGGACCGGGAGGACGCGCCCGGAAAU